AUGUUUUGUACAGUUCUGCCGUGUCUGGUACUGCUGGUCUGCUUGGCUUUUGGGGAGGUGUUUAGGUAAGCUUAUAUGGUGUCGAAGAAACAAUAAAUGUGUCACAAAUUUAAAUAAAGGUCUUCAAUGUUAAGUAUUACCUGUAUUUGCCACAAUAAGCUUAUUUUUCAAUUUAGAGUAGAUAAUGGCUUAGUGAACGUCUUCGACAAAGAUGUGAAUCAGUUUCUACAGAUUUGUGGCGACAAUUUGGAUGUGACAGCCUUGAAUUACAUUUGUAAACAAAUACAAGGAAGACGGUAAGCGAUGUAUACGGUAUUUAUGUAAUUCAAGAAUACACAAUCAGUUGAAAAAAAAUUUUCAAAACUGUUUUUUAGUUUAUCAUCAUACAAGAAAGUACCAAACAUUGCGUUACUAAGCAGUAAUCUAACAUGUAGUAACGAUACGUGCACCACAGAUCGUAUAUUGUCAUGUAGUUCUGGAGUUGAAGUAAAAUGUAAUUUGGCUGAUUACUCUGUCUCAUGUCCAGCCGGUUUCCUGAAAGUGGGUCGAUCUAAAUGUCUUGGCGUGGUAACUGAUAUUAACUAUGAUUACGAUGGAGCUGCAGUCGGCUGUGGGAAGUAUCAUAAUAGUACUCUGGCUUCGUUAAGUGACAUAGAUACGAAAACAUUGUACUUGACGCUAAAACAGUUAAAUACGACGUUAAAAGGUAAAUUUAUGAUUAUUAAUUUAUACAUAGCGUUAUGGUGAUAUAGCUUCAAAGAGUUAAUUGAACUUCUUUGCUCUUAUGUACAUAAUUUUGUAAAGUCUUGUCAUUUUUACGAUGUAACUUUGCAGCCGUUCGACCGUUCAUAACCUCAGCUGUCCGAAUUAGAAAAGAUUGGAAAUGGACAGACGGAUGUCUGGUAGAGAAAUCUCCUGAGGGUAUGGGAAGGUGUUUGGCACUCCAGUUGAGUCAGGGUACCGUAGUUCAGAAGGCUAUGGACUGCACGUUGCCUCAGUUUAUAGCCUUAUGCCAGAUUGAUCUGGCUACAGAGUGUUCAUUGCCAGGAGAGUAUCAUGGCACUAUCAGUACGACUGUGUCUGGUAUGUUAAGGGUACUAUUAUAGUUGGUAUAAUUCAUUUUUGUAAAAGUUAUUUUGGAGUUUUAGCAAGAAUAAGAUGUUUGAAGUUGUAGGUAUAUGCUUAUAAUUGUUUGAAUAUUUAGGCUCAGAAUGUAUGAAGUGGAACGACGUCAGAAUCACAAAGAACGGCCUUUUCUCAUCGUCUCAAAAGUUGUGGGACCAUAAUUACUGUAAAAUUGUGAGCGGCAAUGGGGUACGACCAUGGUGUAUGAUAUCAGAUCAGGUGUACGAAGAAUGCAAAGUCGGUGUUUGUAAUGUACCACUUCUAACAGACAACGCGUUUGGUACGGUAAAGUCAAUAUUUGUCUGUAAUUUACAAGAUUUAAAAGAAAGCUUUUGAUUUAGUUUGUUAAAUGAUCGUUGGUAUAACAUAGUUAUUUUUAGCCACUACUGUAGCUACAGUAACCAAGUGCAAUGAGGGCGAACUCCAGUGUGGUCAAUCUGCAGAAUGCGUGGCUUCUGAAUUCAUAUGUGAUUACGACUUGGACUGUUUCAAUGGAUUCGACGAACAAAACUGUCGUAAGUUAACAAAUUAGGUAACAGUGAGUGGUGCAAGUUGUUGGUAUAGUCAACAUUACUAUGAAUUUGUAAAAGUAUUUAUUAAAACUGCACUUUCAGCCGAUUUCUUGAGUACGUUUGAGUUAGUCGGUGAGUUCCGACUGGUCGAUGAUGUAUCAGAGGUGUGGACCAACAUCAGGCAUGUUCAGGGAGUAAGUAUUGUCAUCAUUUAUGUUUUAUUUAAUAUUUAUGUUAACAAUGGCAUUAAACCUAAAAUAAACUUCUCUUUAUUUGAACCUACUACAAUAUAUAAUAUUAUUUAGUGUGCACAACGGUGUAUCCAGAAUCCGGACUGUGAAUCCUUUUCCUAUGACGUUGAGAGAGAAUUCUGUUUUCUCAGUCGAAUCUACAGUAACCCGGCCGUGUUGUUUGAACGAUCGGAUUCGUUUUACUAUCAGCGAAAGUUUACCACCGGUAUGUUGUGUCUUUAUUCAAUUAAAAGUUUUUUAGGUAAUAUUAAGUAGAAUUUGUGUUUUAUUCUUAAAAUUGUUAUGAGUUAAUUUUAGGAUUGUUUUCGUCUUCUCGAAACAUUACUAAUAUGAUUGUCGAGGUAACCAAAGGAACCACUUCUGGAGCAAUUUGUGUAGAUAAUAUAACAGAGACUGAUCAGCUGUGCCGGCAGUUUGGAUUCGGGUAUAAUAUCAUUAUUACUAAAAUAGACAUUGUUCAUUUAGUUUGUAUGUCAUCAUACUCUCUUUAAGUUGAAUUCGAAUGUUGUUUUAACUUUUUGCAAGGAACAAGUCUGUAUUUUAGGCCUUCUCUGAUGUUUCCUCUCAGAUUAACUACACGCCCAUCUAAUAUCUGGUCGGUCGACUGUCUCCGUAAAGAUAAACAAUGUUCUUCUGAAGCUGUCGUAUCUUGUCGUCGCUUCUUGAGGUGUUCUAAUUGUAGCUACACCCAGUUUCCUUGUCAAUUGGAGCCAAAGUGUGUAGAACAACAUCAGGUUUGUGAUGGCAGAGUUGAUUGUGGAGAUGCUAGUGAUGAAAUCGGAUGCCAGAAUGUAAGGUGGAGGCUAAAUGGUGAUGUAGAUGAAGUGAUACCUGAAGGAAGGGUACAAUUGUCGUUCCAAGACAGCUGGACUGACGUGUGUUCAGAUGGACUGACUGAAGACGAUGUCAACAGUUUAUGCAAUAAGUUGGGAAAAGGGUAGGUUAAUAUAAUAUAUUUUUGAGUUAUCUUGUUGUUAUGGUUUUCUGUGUAAUGGUAUUUCUUGCAGUGCGUAUGGUAGAGUUCUUCCAAUAUACGAUCAAACUCCUACAGCGACAACUUGGAUGGUAAAGUGUAUUAAUGGUGAUUGUAAACCUUUAAAAGUGCGCAGUUGUGGUAAUGGUAUUUUGAACUUGCGAUGUGAAACAGACGAAAGUUGUGAGUAAUAAAUUGUUUAUAUUUUCACUAUGGCUUGCUUACUACUGUAACAUAAUAUAUCAUUUGAGUAACAUGAAAGCCUUUAGUAUCCUGUGGUCGUCGCUUCUUCAAAGCUCGUACGAAGCGUGUAGUGGGUGGAUUCGACGCCACGAUGGGAGCGUAUCCAUGGACGGCGGCGUUGAGGUUCAAUUACGGUGAUCUACAUCAUUGUGGCGCUGUGAUAAUUGCUGAUAGAUUCGUGUUAAGUGCUGCUCAUUGCUUCGAAACCAACAAGGACCCGAAAGACUUUACCGUGGUUACUGGGGAUUGGAACAACAGAAUCAAAGAAGGCACAGAACAAGUGCUACAGGUGGAGAAGAUCAACUUCUUUCCUAAUUAUGAAGGUGAGCGUGUAGGAUGGGACAGGCAUGUUGAGGUAGCUAAACGUGAUAAAGUUGUUUUUAUGAAUAUCUUAUUGUACCUUAUUAGUAUCCUUGCAGAUCUAUUUCAACACGAUAUUGUGAUUCUGAAGACCAAAUCUAGGAUAAAAUUCGAUCAAUUCUCUCAGCCCAUCUGUCUUCCACCUCGAGGCUAUCGCUAUGUAGCGGGUCAAGUGUGUGUAGCUACAGGAUGGGGUAGCAAUGGCACUGGUAAGUAAACCGUUAUACAAUACUAAAUUUACACAAAAAAUUAUGUUUACAAAAACGUUGGGGCGCAAUUUGGGUGAUUGUUUUAUACGAUGAAACAGUAUAUUAUUCUUGACUUUUGAUAAAAAUUAAUAUAGUAACUUAGUUUUACUAUAAAAAAUAAUGUUUUAGCAUACUCGGACAAGAUGAAGGCCGCAGCUAUGCCAAUCCUGGACCGAGAAGAAUGUCGCAACGCUUCGAAGAUCUACUCGGCUGUCAGUAAGACCUCGUUCUGUGCCGGCUACCUAAGUGGAGGCAUAGAUUCUUGCCAAGGGGAUUCUGGAGGACCUUUUGCUUGCCAAUACGAUGGUGUCUUCUACCUUGGAGGUAUAAUAAGUUGGGGGGAAGGGUGUGCUCAACAGAAACACCCAGGUAUAUACACCAUGAUCACGCCAUACCUAUCGUGGAUAGAGAACGUCACUUCGGUGGCAUUUUAG